UGGCGCGCAAUAAUGAGUGCGGUUUUAAUUUUAUCCCUUGUUUUGAAUGAAUUUUUACUGAAAAAAUGUCCAUUAAACGCCUAAAUCGAGAUACAAUAAAUUUAAUCAACUGCACUCAAGUAAUAUCAUCGAUUUACAGUGCUGUUAAAGAACUCGUAGAAAAUUCUUUAGAUGCUCUCGCUCAAAAUAUAGAAGUUAACCUUGUGGACAGUGGUUUAUCACUGAUAGAAGUUAAAGAUAAUGGAGUGGGUGUACCUAGAGAUGAGGCUCUAUGUAUGGCUUUGCCAUCCUAUACAUCUAAAAUUACUGAUUUAAACGACUUGGAUUUGCUUGCAACUUAUGGAUUUAGAGGUGAAGGUUUGACUGCUAUUUGUCAGGUAGCUGAAGUGACCAUUUCCACCAAAACAGCAGAGGAUGAAACUGUUAUAUGUCAUACUUUAGAUUAUGAAGGAAAUGUUGUAAAGUCUGAUGUAUCUCAUGGAACUACAGGUACUACUGUGAGAAUGAAAAAUAUAUUCAAGAACAUGCCUGUGAGAAGAAAUUUAUUAACUAAAAAAAGACUUAACCAGGAAAUAAAAGCUAUAGAAACACUCUUGAAAGCAUAUGCCAUUUGUAAACCUUCUGUGAGAUUUGUUUUUCGAGUUAAUAGUAAUGUUAUUUUUACUAAAGCUAUUUGUAAAUCAGACAUAGACUCUAUUAAAUGUGUCAUGGGCAUUCAAGUAUUUUCAAAAAUGACUCAUGUAAAGAAAUGUUUCUCAGAGACAGAGUUGCUUAUUGUUAUUCCUAAAAAAGAAAAUAAAGAUGUUGCAUUAAUAUCUCAGCCUGGCAUGCAGCUCAUAUGUGUCAAUGAUAGACCAAUCAAAUCCAAAGAAAUAGAAAAGAGAGUGAAACAAAAACUUGCUGAAUAUUUCUGUCAAACUUCAGGUUCUCACAAAUUAGUAUUUUGCUUACUUGUAACAGUUAAAUCUUCUGCACUCGAUGUCAACUUGGAGCCAAAUAAAGAUAAAGUAUUUCUUCAUAAUGAGGCUGAAAUAUUAAAAGAAAUCAAUCAAUUUCUUUGUGAUUAUUAUGGGCUUCAAGAUUCUUUAGAACCAACACAAAAAGAUGACUCAGAAAAAAUGGAAAAUGAAGAAGUUGAUAGCGAAGAAACAUAUUUAGUUAAAGAGAAAGAAUUCCAAGCUUGCAAAAGACGAAAAACCAAUGGUUCUAUUGAAAAAAUUCACUCCGCUCCAUCAACUGAACAAGAUUCAAAACAAAUUUCAGAUAAAAGAAAAAGAAAAUCUGAUGAUGAAUUUUUGAAAGAUAUUGUUGAACCUACGCUGAGCGAUUCAGAUUCAAACGAUGGAAUUAGGGUUACGAAAAAUUUCAAUAAGAAAAAAAAGAUAUCAGGAAUCAGCAGUGUACCAGAAAAUGAGAAUGAAUCUGAACUAUUUGAUUUUGCUCCACAGACUAAAAUAAUUGAAGAUAAACCAGAAACUUUAUCACAAUUACCAGUUGUAGAUCUAGGUGAAGAUUUUGAUUGGGAAGAAAUUAUCAAUAAAGCAACUAUAAAUAAAGAAACUGAUAAAACUGAAUCACUACCUACUCAUGAAAUAAGUCAAAAAAUUUCUAAUCUACCUAACAGUCAUGAAAGUUGGAGUAAGGGUCAUAUUGUUGGAUUAGAGGGUGGUGUUGCUAUAGGAUUAAAAGAUGGAGACCAAAAUAAUAAAAUAGAUAAAUCUAACUCUCUAUUACAAGAAUCUGAAGCAUUUGAUUAUGGCCCAUCAAAAACCGUAAUAGAAGACAGUCAAGAAAUUUCAGCAAAUGACGGUCCCCAUGUUAAUGUGGACAAAUUUGAUUGGAAUCUGAAAAAUAAAAACAUGACAAAAAAAACUUCUGAAAGAUCUCGUUUGCCUGGAAGUUCUAAACAAAGAAAAAUGUCACAAAAAGCUCACGAAGAUCCGAAUCAAAGUAAAAUUCAAUUUGCUGGAGAUAAUGCAUGCCUGAAAACAUUAGGUCAUUCCGCAUUUUCUAUGUACUGUUCUCAUGAAAGAAAAAACAUUUUAGAACAAUCGCCUGACUUAAGUCCAGCUGAGAUUGCACUUGAAUUGAAUAAACAAUGGAAAAGUCUUUCGUCUGAAGAGCGAGACUAUUAUCGUGAUCUGGCUAACAAAAAUAAUGAAGAAAUAAGUCUAAAUAUAUCACAAUUAGAAGGAACAAAAAAAGAAAAACUUUCUCAAACCGAAAAAAUAAACAAUCGCAAAAAACUCGUUAACAUGUUGGAAAAUAUGAAAUCGAAUAAAAACAAUAUGAAAAAUGAAAGUUUAUUGAUGAGAACUUUUGUAAAUUGGGACAUUGAUUUGGAAUCUGUUACAGAAAAAUUCGAAAACAGAAGAGCUGUUAAUAAAAUAAAUAGGCAAAUAGUGGGAUCACUGAAUUCAGACUUAUGGGUGUUAAAUAUGACAUCCAAUUUAUUUGUUUUUAAUAUUGCUGAACUGCAUGAGCAGCUUCAAAUUUUAAAACUCGAUGCAAGCAAAGUGGAUGAGCACCAUGUGAAAGAUCUUGUUGAACAAUGGUUCAAAGAAAAAGAUGACAUGAGUAUUUUUCAUCCAAUUUACACAAUUGAAUCAUAAAAUGUGUAUAAUUUGUAGAUAAAGACAACUUUUUACCGCUAUUUUACACGUUUUUAAAAAAAA